AAGAAGAAGCGCCAGAACCGUUUUAAACCCGCUCUCCUUCCCUCCCUCCCAGUCCCUCUCUCUCCUCCCCCCUCUCUCUCCCCACGAUAGCAGUUAGUGUGAGAUAUGUGUAUAUACUUAAAUUUAUAAGCAUAGGAGAACUGCCUAGUUCGUUACACAAGAAAGGGAGUUGAGAGAGAGAGAAUGGGAGCCGAUCAGCCGCAACCAAGCCGGUCCCCGCUGAAGCUGUCCCUGUCCUCCCUGCCAAGCCAGCGGAUCGAGCCGCCGGGACUUGUGACACCGCCGCUCCAACCAAUGGCUUCGGUUCCGUUCCUGUGGGAGGAGGCGCCAGGGAAGCCGCGGCCCUUCUUCCCUGUCGCCACCUCGCCGCCGCCUCCGAAGCCCAAGGUGGCGAGGUGCUUAGACCUCCCCCCGAGGCUUCUAUUGACCGAGGGGAAGAUGACCAACACGCCCUCCCCCACCACGGUACUCGACGGGCCUUACUCCGGCGGCCGCACCCUGUCCCACACGAUGUCGUUUACUUUUGGCAAGGCGUCGUUUAGGAUACCCGAAGGGAAGAAGCAGAUUGGAAAGGAGAGGGGGAACUUCAGUUCUUUGAGGUGGGAGGAGAGUUUCAAUGAAAACUAUGACUGUGAGUCCGGGGGUAUUUUGGACUUUUCACCUUCGGCUGGUGAUUUCCCGGAGAGUUUUGCCCCAGAGCCGGAGAUCACGAGGACUAGAAAGAGAAGCAGCUUCUUCGGUUCGUCCAAGUCUAACUUCUGGACGAGCAUUUAUGAAAGCGUUAAGCAAGCGGUGCCAUGGAGGCGUAAACAAGAAAAGACGAGAAGGAUGAACUACAGCUACGUCUGAUCUACCUGAUCAUACAGUUACUUGACAGAAAAAUUUGGCCUACGAACUGUAUUCAUCAAGAGUAUCACAUGAAAAGUUCUUAUAUACGAAUUAUACCAUGUCGAAACUCCUGAUUGAUGUUUUUUUCUGGUUGAAACUUCAAUUUGUAAUGGUGCAAUGGCAUGAGAAUGUCACAUUGUGCUCUCUGUUUUGUUUAUAUGUGAAGAAGAAGAAAAUCAGUUCAUUCAAAACACAGUUAGCAGAUUGAUCUUAAUUGAAGUUGCAAAUUGUGUGAAAAUGUGGGCAAAUUGAACUUA